UGGCUAUGGUUUGCCGGCUUCUCCUACCGCUCUUAAGAUCAGACUUAGUGAAGCCCUAGCAAGAGUGGAAAGUCUGGAGCGAGAGAAGAAAAACGCCGUUGCCAGAGAAAAGAGGGCAAAGACCACAGCAGAGAGUCUUUUGGGGGAUUUGAGGGAAAAGAACCUCAUUAACGAAGAGCUCAAAGAGAGGCUUGAAUUCUACUCAGGUGGCUGUGUUCGGUGGAUGACAAGCCUGGCUUGAAUAAGAUGAUGCUGGAUAUGCUGGAGAGUAGAUGCCAAGAAGAUCAGGAUAAAUAUGGAUGUGUUGCACUCAUGUCGGAUACCAUGGCCAUCAGGAAACAUGUGCAAUAUAUUCCAAACAGCCAGUCAAUGUCUGGAUUUGUGGACAUGGUUGAUGGAAGCAGUGAGACUGAUGUUGCUCCUGAGGCUCAUGUGUUCAUGGUGGUUGGCCUACAAGGACAUUGGAAGGCUCCCAUUGCAUACUACCUGACUAAGUCUCUGUCUCCAGACACACAAAGGGUCCUUCUCAGUCAUGCGUUGGAGGAGCUGCAUGCACGGGGCAUUCGGGUAGUCUGUGCAACUAUGAAUGGUCACGCCUCCAAUGUCAGCAUGUGCAACCAACUUGGGUGUGAGCUGAAGAGAGACCCACGAGAGCCGCUUCAAACCAGUUUCCCGCAUCCGGUGACUGGCGAGAAAGUAUUUGUAAUGAUGGAUGCUUGCCACAUGCUCAAGUUGGCACGUAAUAUGUUGCAGGUAAAUGGUGAUGGCUGUAGACCUAUUUGUACAAGUUAUGAUUCUUCUGCUGCAGCUUAUAUCUAAAUAUUGCUGUUUGAUCAUUUGCAGUUAUGGCUGGAUGGGAUGAUCACAUUAUGCUGUUUGCACUUGUUUGAGUAGUGACUGAUUCUUAUUCUGCAGGCAUACAGUCCAAUUGCAACAACCACUGAACAGAUCAAUUGGAGGUACAUUAAUCAUCUCAAUGAUGUGCAAAAAAAGGAUGGACUGCACGCUGCCAAUAAAAUUACAGACAAACAUGUCUACUUUGAGAACCACAAGAUGAGGGUGUCCCUGGCUGCGCAGACACUGAGUCGCUCUUUGUCAGUGGCUCUCCGCACAAUGAGGGAUCUUGGGUACUCUCAGUUUAAAGACUGUGAGGCAAUGGCAGAAUUCAUUGAGGUAAUACUAUUAAUGAUUAUAGAACCAAGUACAUGUUUUAAAAAAACAAAAAAUAAAAUUUGAUUUGAGCAUCAGGAACAAUUUGUUGACAAUUCUGACUGACUCUAAAUUCAACAUCCAAAUGUUGUCAUAAACCAUGAUAUUGCAUGUUCAUCAUAAACACAAAAGUUUGUACAUAACCUUACACAUACCUUCACAGAUGUUUGAGUGGUAAAGCUCUGAAAUUUACUGUAGUACAAAGCAGACCUAUGGAAAUAAGGAAGUCAAGCAAAUACUAAUACUUGCAUAUUAACUCAUUGAACAUACAGUUUAGAAAUAAGUAAUCUGUUCUCUGUAUAUUUUGAAUAGAUGAGUGUUGAUUUCAACUAUCUGAUACCUAAUGAAACUCUGUAAUGAUAGUGAUUUAGAUGCCGAUAUUUCUUUAUAGAUGAUUGACAGGCUGAUUGACAUAAUGAAUGGACGCAAUCCUCGUGCCAAAGGAUUCAAAGCUCCCUUGGAUGCUUUGAAUUGGAUGGAGAGAAAAGCGUUUUUAUCAAGAGCCAGGGAGUACUUGCUCACUUUGGUGACAAAAGAUGGAGCACCCCUUCACCGAUCGAAGAGGUCUAUUAAAAUAGUGCUUGUUAUUCAUGCAUGAAAAGUUCAUGACAUGAGUUCAACGACACUUUGUUCCCUUAUGCAUCCAGUUCCUAAGAUGCUCCAUUGUUCUGUUAUGCAUCGAAUUCCUAAGAUGCUCCGUUCUCUACAUCAGGUUCAUAUAAUGCUACUGUUACAGUGUUUUCCUUAUUUUUAUCUCUGUUCAAAUUGUUUUGUAUUCUGUCCCACACAAGUGUCAUAACGGUAUGUAUGCUAACAUGAUGCUCAUUUAUUUAAAUGUUUUUCAGCGUUCAGUUUUGUUGAUGUCGGAAAUGUCUGAUGUGUUUCAGUUUUCCUAGAUAUUUGUAAAUGGUAUGUAUUACAUAACACCAAGUACAUGUAGAUGUCAAAAUGGUAGGUAUUGCAUGUGUUCUUGUUCUCAAGUUCUCCCAGUUCUGCAAUUAUAUUGUUCCAAGUUAAGUGUCCUUAAAGUAUACUGUAUAAGUUAAAGAAGAAACUGAUCACAUUCCUAAAAACAUGGAUGCAAACUAAUUAUCUAUCUGCUCUGGUAGCUGUUUACCAUUUUCAUUCUCUGUGAGUUUGCAUCCCUGUGAUAGGCACUCAAGAACUGGUGAUUACACAUUACUGAUGGAUGUGAUGGAAAAUCACUUUACUGCUUUGAAUGAACAAAAUUACAUGGUGCUUUCUUGGGGUGUCUUGUUUUGCCAUGAUCAGAGUAAUAAAACUUUUUUCUUUUGCAGGUACUUGUCUGUCAUCGGAUUUGUCAUCAAUAUUGACACAUUGAUGCUGAUGAUUCCUGAGCUUCUCCAAGUUCAGCGGUAUGUGCUCACCUACAGGUUCAGCCAGGAUCACUUGGAGCUCCUAUUUACUUCAAUCAGAGCGUCAGAAUUCCUGCCUGACGCCAGCUCCUAGCACCGCUAAAGUGAAGCGAUGUCACUGUGGCGCUUCGAUUGAUUCUACCAGCAGACACUGAAAGGACUCUGAUAGUUCAGUAAGUUAAUGUUUAUUUUCUUAAUGGUACCGGGUUUAAUGCACUUUAUAUACACCUGUAGUAUCAUUGUGUACCAUGCACUCCAAAUGUCGAUGGAGUUUAUUUGUGUGUAUGUUGACCAGAGAUAGAGUUAGCAUCCAGUCAAUAUUAGCUUUAAUGUGAAUUAGCAAUGCUAUCCGAGCUAGCUGCUCAGUCAUAGCCUGAUUAAAGGUAAUGUAGCAUUAGCUAACAAUGUUUGUGUUGACUUUCAUGUACACAGUUGAAGUGUGUUGUGUUCGUGUAAUGUGGUACAUUUAGUUCAUAAAACUGUCAGUGGAGAUGUUGGUUCAUAUUAAUGUAACCUUCAGAAAACCUGAAUGUGAUUAAAACAGUAAGGUGAAGGUUCUGUGUUGCCAGUAGUCAUGAAUAUCUGCUGAGUCUCUGAAGUUAAACUGAAGAAAACAGUAAAUCUACUUUCUAGUUGUUAACAUUGUUUAAUGACUGAUUUACAUGUUGUGGUACAUAUCCUGCAGUGUAGACUGGAAAAAUAAACUCCCACAAUAUGACCAAAGUAAUGAGCAGCGCCGCAGACUGCAGAAACAACACCAAAAUGGAGAUUAUUAAAAAGGUCUUCUACUGAGAAGUGUGAGCAUUGCUACAUUUAACCUCUAGACUGAUUCGUCCAGGUGCAUAGGAUUCAAUUAAAUUCAAUUUUAUUUAUACAAUUACAAUUCCAGUCGAAUUGUCUCAAGACGCUUUACAGAACCCAUAUGCCUGACCCCCAGAGCAAGCCCCAAGGCGACAGUGGCAAGGAAAACACCCUUUUAACAGGAAAAAAACCUGGAGCAGAAACCAUUUUCUUUAUGUGGGGGGACCCAUCUGCUUGCUGGUCGGGCAGGUUGAGAGGGACAGAAGAGGUGAAGAGGUAGAGAGGUAGAGGUAGAGUGACAGAGGCAGAGAAGGAGGGAUGGGAGAAGAGGGGGGUGGGGAACAAGGAACAUAUAACACACAGUUGGAUACAUGUAUGAUAAGAAAGAUGAUGCAAAGUACAAGCUAACAUUGAAAUUGAUUCACAGUUUACUGUUAUGAUGUACAGCUGUGACAGUAAAUAUACUACAUACACCCCCUGUCGAAAGCUUUGAGACACUUUCUCAUUCAAAUAAAUUAGAACCUGUCUCAAAACUUUUGACAGGGGGUGUACAUAGCUGGCAGUAAAAUUCAAACAGCAUGUAGAUUAGAAUAGGAGAUGAAAUUAAUUCCUUCAUUGCAUUUUGUACCACCGUCUGUUGUUGGACUUAAUGGGUUUCAGCUAUCCUUAAUGGCUUUUAGCUUUCUGUGAAAUGAGAGACCUCUUACCACGCCAGGUGAGUUCCACUUAGCGAAAAACAUUGUCCAAAAUGUGCAUUGAAGAAAAAUGCUAAUGCAGCAUGCAACUUUGAGACCAAGUUAAAACUCUCAUUUAUUUUGUUCUGGUUAGAAAGGGUUCAUUUUAGCCAGUCCUGCACAAAAACAUUUCUGAGCUGUUCAGCUGGUGAUGAAUUGUCAAGCACUGAGAUGAUCUAGAUGUGGCUUUAAAGGAGAAUGAUCCGACAGCAGUACACAGGCUCUCCUGUGACCGGUGACUACAAAAGGCAUCUUAAAAUGCAGCUUUAUUUAAAUGACACAAUGCCACAGAAGACGAGAACAGGCUGUUGCCAUGCUGGCUUGUUAUUUCAGGCUGUCGCCAGGGACUUGAAUGUCUACAACUCCAGCAUUUGUCAAAAGUGUUGCAGACAAGUCAGCAUCGACAAACCUUGUUAACUAUUAUUAUUUAUGUGUAGUACAUGUUGAACUGCUUUUUGGUCUAUGGUACCACUCUGGAACUGCUAUAAUUAACAUUUUUGGUUGUUUCAUGAUGUCAAUUAUAGUGUCAAAGUGUUGUGUGUUGGAACAACAAAUACUUAUUCUUAUAGGCUUGAAAGCAAGGGUGUCAAACAUGUGGCCCACGGGCCAAAACUGGCCUGCCAGAGGGUCCAAUCUGGCCCAUAGGACGAGUUUGAAAAAGUGCAAAAAUUACAGAGAAGAUAUUAACUGCAAAUUGUAAAUAUGCUAAACUAGAAAUUUAAAAUAAUUUCUAAACCUUGACAAGUUGAUCAAGUAAAAUACUAUGUCGCUAAUUGUUCUUUUGUCUUUCUGUAUCUCAUUUUUGUAAUAUUUUGUGUCUUUGUCUAUUCUUGUCUGACUUUUGCUGUCCAUCAUUUAAAUCCGGACUUUGUCUGUCUAAAUGAGACACACUUGUCUUGCUCAAGCAUUGAACUGUUUGGAUACUCUUGGUUUGGACAUAAUCGCGUUACGCAUAGAAAAGCUGUUAAAGCUUCAGGUGGUGUGGGGAUUUUUGUUAGAAAUGUAGUUCUUGAGCAGUUUUAUGUUAGAAUUGUUGAUAAGACUAUCGAUGGCUUAUUGUGUCUGCUUUUUGAAAACACUUCAGUCUUUUGCUCUAAUCUCUUGUUACUUGCCACCUGAAACAUCGACUUUUGGAAGAAAUGCAGAAUGUUUUUUUGGACAUUUAUUGUCGUUAUUGUAUCGACUUGACGUGGAUUGUUCUUAUUUGUGUGGGGAUUUUAAUGCCCGUAUCUCUAAUUUAAAAGAUUAUAUUGAUACAGAUGAAAUCCCUAUUAGAAAUGCAUUAGAUUUAAGUUCCAAUAAACAUGGUGAGGCGUUUAUUGAGUUUCUAAAAGAUGCAAAAUGCUGUGUGCUCAAUGGAAGAUUAAACUCAGACGCAGAUAAUUUUACUUCUGCGUCUGUUAGGGGAAAGGCUGUUGUAGAUUAUAUUAUAACACCACACAAAGAUAUAAAGUCUUGUCUUGAAAUUAAUGUCUACACGCCUUCAGAGCUUGCGGAAAAGAUUGGUUCUGAAGCCUUAGAUCUAAUUGGCCCUCAAUCCAGACUUCCUGAUCACUCUUUGUUAAGUCUUAAGUUUAGAACUGGAGAGUUUGUUUUGCCUAAGCAAGAUAAUUCUAAUUUACCUAGGAAAAUUAUCAGAAGAUGUUUCUCCUCAAAAUUCUUGUCCACUGAUGACUGUGCAGUUACCUUGACCAGUAUUCAAAAUAGAUUUGUAAAAGAAAUCGAAACACAGCAAAACAUGGAUACAACUUACAAAAAACUUUGUGAUAUUAUACAUAAAGAAAUGGGAUGCUCUGAGAGGAAAACGGGACACAGGCCAAAAUACUAUAAAAUAAACCAGCCAUACUGGAAUGAAGAGCUUCACAAUCUUUGGACUAAAGCUAGAGUAGCUGAAAAACUUUAUUUAAAAUCUAGAGUCCCUAUUGAAAAAAUCACUUUAAAAUGUGAAUUUAAAAAACAUCAACAGUACUUUGAUAGAAAGUUAAGAUUUAUUAAAAGAAAUUUCAGAAGAGGGCAGAGCAUUACCCUGCAAAAUCAGCAAUUAAACUCAAAACUCUUCUGGAGAGAAAUUAAUAAAUUAGGACCGCAAAACAGUAAGAUGAUCCCCAUGGAAGUUGUUACAGCCAAUGGAGAGGUUUGUUUUGAUAAGGAGACCAUAAUGAUGAAAUGGGAACAUGACUAUAGUGCCCUUUAUGGUUGUCAUAAAGUAUCUUUUAAUGAUGAUUUCUUAAAACAAAUUUGUUUACAGAAAGUUAAUUUGGAAAGUGAAAUGUUGAAUACAAUGCUGGGUCGUAACGAUUUGUUAAAUCUCGAUAUAACAGUUGAAGAGGUACAAAGAACCAUAAGCUCAGCUAAACCAAAUAAAGCUGUAGGUAUUGAGCAGCUCCCGAAUGAAGCUCUUAAAGCUCCUUCAUUGGUCAAUGUUUUGCACUGUCUUUUUCAAGCCUGCUUUGAUCAUGCCGUUAUUCCAUCAGUGUGGUAUCAGUCAGUUAUAAAACCAAUACCAAAAUCAACUAAGUUGGAUCCAAGAGAGCCACUUAAUUAUAGAGGUAUCAGUCUAAUCAGCACAGUGUACAAACUUUAUUCUGCAAUUCUUAAUUGCACUGACUGACUGAUUACUUUGAAACACAUAAUAUUUUGGCUGAUGAACAGAACGGCUUUAGAAGAGGCAGGGCUUGCAUUGACCACAUUUACGUCUUAUCUUCAGUGGUAAGAGCUCGGCUUCAACAAAGGAAGUCCACUUUUGCUUGUUUUGUUGAUUUCCAGAAGGCAUUCGAUUGAGUGAAUAGGGAUCUUUUAUUAUUUAAAUUGUUAGGUUAUGGUACAAAUGGUAAGUUUUACAAUGCAAUCAAGUCCCUGUACAAAACCCCUGUUGCUUGUAUCGAAGUCAAUAAUUUAAGAACUGGCUGGUUCCCUACUCCCUUUGGUGUAAAGCAGGGAGAUGUUCUAACACCAACCUUAUUCUCUCUAUAUAUAAAUGAUCUGGUAACUGAAAUCAAAGACGCUAGCCUGGGUAUUUGCAUUGAUGAUAUCAAUUUAUGUAUAUUGUUGUAUGCUGAUGAUAUUAUUUUAGUGGCAGAAAAUGAAACAAAUUUGCAGAAUAUUUUAUCUAUUCUGAAUGCAUGGUGUGGAAAAUGGCGGCUUGCUAUAAAUCAGGAUAAAACUCAGAUUAUGCAUUUUAGGACAAGCAGGCAGUUGCGAAGUACUUAUAAUUUUAUGUAUGGAUCCACCUCAUUAGCAUACACAAGUUCAUAUAAAUACCUAGGACUAGUGUUUAACAAGUUCAUGAGCUUUACAGAGGGAACUAAGCUACUCUCAGACUCAGCAGGCAGAGCUCUGGGUUCAAUUGUGAGUAAGAUGAAAGUUGUGCCUGAUCUUACUUUCUCUGUAUUUGCAAAACUGUUUGAUUCAUUGGUUGGUUCUGUUUUGUUUUACUCUGCCGGUGUGUGGGGUGCAAAGGAAGUUGAGCACAUUAAUGCUCUUCAAAAUAGAGCAAUUAGAAUAUUUUUAGGUGUGCAUAAAUUUACAACUAAAUUAGCUUUACAAGGUGAUAUGGGUUGGGAGUCCUGCUUGAUAAAGCAGAGAAUUGAAAUGAUGCGUUUAUGGAACCGCCUCACCCAGCUACCAGAGGAUAGACUGACAAAGAAAGUUUUUUUAUGGGACUGUUCAAAUCAGCAUCCUUGGGCCAGGGAAAUGACUAAAUUAUUCUCUGAUAAUGAUUUAAAUUAUAUUAGUAGAAACAAACUUAAAUGUAAUUUAAAUUUACGACAUCAAAAGUUAACAGAUGCUUUUAAAAAACAAUGGAAAUAUGACAUUUGUCAAAAAACAAAGUUAAGACAUUAUAUUUACUUUAAGGAAGAUUAUAAAACAGAAAACUACAGGUCCGUCUCAAAAAAUUAGCAUAUUGUGAUAAAGUUCAGUAUUUUCUGUAAUGUACUGAUAAACAUUAGACUUUCAUAUAUGUUAGAUUCAUUACACACAACUGAAGUAGUUCAAGCCUUUUAUUGUUUUAAUAUUGAUGAUACUGGCCAAAAAGUAAAGAAAAACCAAAAAUCCCUAUCUCAAAAAAUUAGCAUAUUCCAUCCGACCAAUAAAAGAAAAGUGUUUUUAAUACAAAAAAAGUC